AUGGCCCAACUGCAAGACAAAGUCAUUGCCAUCACUGGCGCCGCGUCCGGGAUCGGCGCCGCCACAGCGCGUCUCGCCGCCGCGCGAGGCGCCUCGGGCCUGGCCCUAUCCGACAUCAACGAAGACGCCCUCUCCAAAAUCGUCGACGAAAUCAAGGCCAAGAGCACCGGCACAAAAGUCACAUCCACGCGCCUCGACGUGUCCGACUCGAACCAAGUCGACGCCUGGAUCGCCGCCACGGUCAAGGAAUUCGGCCGGCUCGACGGCGCGGCCAACAUCGCGGGCGUGGAGGGCCUGCCCGGCGAAAAGGUCUUUGCCAACAUCGUCGACAUCAGCAACGAGCGGUGGGACUAUAUCAUGAAGAUCAACCUGACGGGCGUGUUCUAUUGCCUGCGCGCACAGUUGCGGGUCAUGGACCGGGGAGGCAGCGUGUUGAACGUGGCGAGUCUCGCGGGCCUCAUGGGCAGGCCGGGCAUCGGGGCGUAUAGUACGAGCAAGCACGGGGUUGUGGGGUUGAGCCGCACCGCCGCAAAGGAGGUGGGCGAGCGGGGGAUCAGGGUGAAUGCGCUGGCGCCUGGCCCAAUCGAGACGCCCAUGUUGAAGAGGUUGUUGUCGGAUGGCGAUUCGGAGGACCGGCCUGUCACCAACACGUACAAGACUUUACCUUUGCAGCGGCUGGGCACGGCCGACGACAUGGCCAAGACGAUUUGUUUCGUGCUCAGCGAUGAUUCGAGCUACACCACGGGAGCGACGUUCUCGGCAGAUGGUGGUGUUGCAUGCUAA